AGAAAAAGAAAGUCCGUCAGUGACGUCGCGCAAUUCUGGUAGAUAAUGUAGAUAGUAUUGGUGGACUAGCUGUGCUAAAGCUACUCGUACCGUACCUCGUAACGCAUACGAAUCUCAACGGCUCAAGGUAGAUACGCGCAUUCUGUAAUACAUACAAACACGCAUACCUACUACUUACCUACCUACAUAGCUUCUUCGACUACCCGGGAAAGCCGUGCUUCGGACCAGUAUACGAGAAUAUCAACCCUCCCCCUCCCCUCCCCAAAAUCACAAGCAAUGGCUUAACUAAAGAAACCCAUCGGACAACAAUAUCCCUGCCCGGGUCGCCAAGCUAGCACAAAUACUACCCUACAGCGGAACGGCCGGACGAAGCAACGACGACACCGACAACGACAACGAACCAUGUUACCGCUGCUGCUGCGGCCCCUCCGCCUACCUUUCUCAGGUAGCACUCGAGCCCUCGUCCUUCCGCGGAGGCCCCUCAGCUUCUCCGCCACCCACCCCUUGCUCAAGCACGUAAACUACCCGCCGCGCCCCAAGCCGCCCCCGGACGAGGAGAUCGACGAGUCCUUCCUGAAGGGUAGCGGGCCCGGCGGGCAAAAGAUCAACAAAACCAACUCAGCCGUCCAACUCAAGCACCUCCCCUCCGGCAUCGUCGUCAAGUGCCAGGCCACCCGCUCCCGCACCCAGAACCGCGUCAUCGCCCGCCAGCUGCUCGCCGACAAGCUCGACCAGCUCACCCGCGGCGACGACUGCCGCGCCGCCGUCGUCGGCCAGUUCAAGCGCAAGAAGAAGGCCUCCUCCGCCAAGAAGAGCAGGCGGAAGUACCGCAAGCUGGAGGAGGAGAAGGAGGGGCGGAUGACAGCGGCGGAGCCGGGAGAGGAUGGAGAGGAAGAGGACGUAGCCGAAUACGAAGAAGAUGGAGAGGAGGACGGGGCGGAGGACGGCCAAGAUGCUGAUUUGGGGGGGAACUCCGCCGACCUAGAGACGGCAGAUAAUCGUAAACUACCCGAAGAGGUUAAAAAGGUACCGGUAAUCUAAUCGAUCUAAGAGACGACGAUGCCGUAAUUACUAUCUACGAAACUACUCCAUCUACAUCAUAUUAUAUUCGAAAUUGAGGCGUAGAUACUACGAUUUGCGGCCAAAUUUCAUGGCCAAGGGCUCACUAAAGUGCUGCCAAGGCAGAUUUAAAAAGUCCUCGAAGAAUUAGCUUUUUACUGGAUCAAUACGUAGCAGCCUUCUAUAGGCCUAUAAUUCACAUAGUUCACACCAGACGCAUUAAUAUAAGGAAGAAACAAAGUAGUAUAUGGUCGACCUCGGCUGGAAUUGUCUACUCCAUCCCGCACAAGAAUGGCCUCCUAAAAGUAAAGCACUUCGUCUUCUCUUCUCUCCCCGAGUA